AUGCCUCACGGGCCCAACUGUAGCCGGGGAGUUCCUACGGCGCCUCCACAGAACGUUCACGCUGAAGCUGUUAACUCCACCACUAUUCACUUUCUUUGGAAUCCCCCUCCACAGCAGUUCAUCAAUGGGAUUAAUCAGGGAUACAAGCUCUUGUUGUGGCCAGUAGAUGCACCUAUGGUCGUUACAAUAGUUCCUGUUGCUCCAGAUUUUCAUGGUGUUCAUAGUGGAUACAUCACAGGACUGAAGAAAUUCACCGCAUAUUUUGCGUCUAUUCUUUGUUUCACCACCCCAGGAGAUGGGCCCCGAAGUACCCCUCAGAGAGUGCAGACUCAUGAAGACAUUCCAGGAGCUGUCGGACACCUGACGUUCACUGAGAUUCUCGAUACAUCUCUUAAGGUCACCUGGCAGGAACCUACAGAGAAAAAUGGCAUCAUUACCGGCUACAGUGUAUCAUGGGAAGUGUACAGCAGAAGCGAGUAUGGUGUGACACACACCCUGAACAAUAUUACCCUCGAGUACAAGAUCACGGCGCUCUCUCCUCUCACCACUUACACUAUUAAAGUGGCAGCGUUAACUGCAAAAGGUGCUGGGCAAGUGUCUUCUGCCACAAUAUCCACUGUGGUUCCUCCAGAACUUCCUGGGGCCCCUACCAAUCUCAUCAUCUCUAAUAUCAGCCCUCGCUCUGCCACCAUCCAGUUCCGACUAGGAUACGAUGGGAAGACUUCCAUCUGCAAAUGGAUAGUGGGUGGGCAGGUUGGCAUCAUUGGUGAUGAAGCGGAGUGGGUGACCCUUUUUGAGGUAGAGAAUCAGUCUGAAUCGCAAAUGCUUGAGAUUCCAAAUCUUGUUCCUUUUACUUACUACAGGUUUCGGAUUAAACAAGUGAAUAUAGUUGGUGAAAGCCCCUUCAGCCAACCAUCCCGCGUGAUCCAGACGUUGCAAGCGCCUCCUGAUAUGGCACCCGGGAGCAUGACCGUGCGCACCGCCAGUGAGACCACCCUGUGGAUUCGUUGGGUGUUCCAUCGGUUCCUCCAGAGAACGUGAGUGCAGAGGCCACAAGCUCUACUCAGAUUGUGCUGACAUGGGCUUCUAUCCCAGAGCCACAUCAGAAUGGCCUCAUACUGGGGUACAAGGUGCUAUUCAGGCAGAAGGCCUCAGACUCAGACUACAGCAGUAUUGUGGUGAGAGGCAAUCAGACUCUCUCAGCUGUACUAGAUGGGUUACACAAGUAUGUUCUUUAUGAGAUACAAGCUCUGGCCUUCACAAGGAUUGGGGACGGGGUCACCAGUUACCCCCCAGUACUGGAGAGGACAAAGGAUGAUGUUCCAGGCCCUCCUAUGCGCAUUGUGUUUCCUGAGGUCAAGUUGACAUCUGUGAGAAUUGUGUGGCUACCGCCAGAGGAGCCGAAUGGGGUCAUCUUGGGUUAUCAGAUCGCCUAUCGCCUGGCUCACACCACCAACAAGUUCAUCACUGUGGAAGUGGGCUCAACAGUUAGACAGUUCACAGCAAUGGACCUUCAGCCAGAACAGCCGUACGUGUUCCGCACAUCAGCCAAAACGCAGAGAGGUUGGGGAGAACCUCUAGAAGCAAUGGUGAUAACCACAGAAAGGAGAGAUCGACCAACACCUCCCAAAGAGCUGAGUAUUCCUAAUUAUAAUGUUGGGCCUCGGAGUCUGCUCUUGUGUUGGGUUCCUGGAAGUGAUAGCUCAUCACCCAUCCGUUACCUGACUGUGCAGGUCCAGCGGCUCCCUGCAGGAGACUGGCAGACCUUCUCUUCCUCCAUCAGCCAUGAGUCCAGUUCCUGUGUUAUAGACAGACUUAACCCUUUUACAUCCUACAAGCUGCGCAUGAAAGCGACUAAUGAUGUUGGUGACAGCGCAUGGAGCACAGAGACUGCGUCAGUUACUACCAUGCAGGAUGUCCCAGGUGAGGCACCAAGUUCGGUGACAGUGAUUCCGAGGACCACUAACUCCAUCCUUAUCCAGUGGCAGCCUCCCCGGGACGACAGCCUGAAUGGAAUCCUGUUGGGUUAUCGUAUUUAUUUUCGGGAGUCCGUUAGUGAUGUGUGGCCAGAGCUGAGCGCUAUGUACAAUCAGGUGCAGGUAACACCCCAGAACAGCUUCAGUGCAGCCAGCGUCAGCUCAUUACUCACCUCCUAUCAACUGACAGAGCUGACUGAAUAUAGGCGCUAUGAACUUCUGGUUACCGCAUAUAAUGCUGUGGGGGAGGGCCCGGCCAGCCCACCCGUGGAAGUGUUUGUUGGUGAAGCAGGUAAGGAAGGUGGGGAGUAAAUGUCAC